UUCCUGAGAACCCACAAGAACCUGUGGAGGCAUCCAAAAAUGAAUUUCCUAACCCUGUCAACUACAUUAUUUCUAAUAGUUUCUUAUGGAUUCACAGUAGGUAAACAGAUCCAGGGAAUCCAGGAAAGCAGUGACAUAGGGGAAACUGACUUGCGCCAAGAUGACAUUGUCUAUAGAAGGACUCCACGCAGUGCCAUGAUCUGCAGUGGGCGCUGUUAUUGGCCCAAAGCAGAAAAUGGACUGGUGAACAUUCCAGUUGACAUCUCUACAGAGUUUUCUGCGGAGGAAAGGCUUUUGAUAGCAGAAGCUAUGGAAGAAUUUGCCACACUGACAUGUAUCAGGUUUAUCAGUCGUACAAGAGAAUAUGACUACAUAUAUAUUAUUCCUGGGGACACAUGUUGGUCGUACUUUGGAAAGAUUGGAGGCAGACAGCGUUUGGGCUUGGCAAAACAUGGCUGUAUACACAAAGGAUUAAUUCAGCACGAACUCAACCAUGCAUUGGGUUUCCUCCAUGAACAGGCACGGAGUGACCGAGACAAGUAUGUUAAAAUCAACUUGGAGUAUGUUGCCACAGGACAACAGGGGAAUUUUGACAAACAAAACACGACCAAUUUGGAUCUUCCCUAUGACUAUGAUUCAGUGAUGCAUUAUGGCGCAUAUGAUUUUUCUAAUGCUGCUGGAAAACCAACCGUUGUUCCUAUCCCUAAUGCAUCUGUACCAAUUGGUCAGAGAGUUGGGCUGAGUAACCUCGACUUAAAAAAAAUCAACAAGCUAUACAAGUGCAAAGACUGCAGCACUGUGCUACAGAAACCAAGUGGCAAAUUCUCAUCUAUUAAUUACCCCCAUCCCUACCCCAGCAAUGUCACAUGUCUCUGGCUAAUUGAAAUCCCAGAAGGAAAGGUCUUCCUGAGUUUCCACAUUUUUGAACUCCAGCAUUCCCCAGACUGUGGCUCUGACUAUGUCCGGGUUUAUGAUGGGAUCAGCAGAAAUGCCCAUGCCCUUGUUGACAGGUUUUGUGGAAGAGGGCAAUCCCCUGCAGUGGUGGCUUCUGGAAACACAAUGCUUGUGGAGUUUGUGAGUGGUGGGGAUACAACCGCAACAGGUUUCACAGCUUCUUAUGCACGUGUGCAAUGUGGAGCAACUUUUACUAACACUUCUGGAGCAGUUACUUCCCCAAAUUUCCCUAAAAAGUAUGCCCCAAAUCAAACUUGCCUAUGGAUUAUCAGUGCUCCAGCAGGAAGCAAGAUAUCCCUUACAUUGGCCUCUUUUGAACUGGAAGCUGCCAGAGACUGCAGAUAUGAUAGACUGGUCCUUCGUGAUGGUGGUCGAAACCACUCCCCACUUGUUGGCAUUUUCUGUGGAAAAAUGGAGAUUCCAGCUUUCAUUUCGACUGGGAGCUUUCUACGUAUUGAGUUUUACGCUGAUGUUGCUUUUGAAUUUUCUGGAUUCAAGUUAGAUUAUUCAAUCAUUUUGCCAUCAUGAAGAAGAGCCUGCUCAAGAAUUGACUUCAUCCUUAAUUGCCAGCAAUAAAGAGAACAGAUGUUUUGGAACUACGAUACCUGUGCCUCUUUCUGAGAUUGUGCUUUGGCUUCAAAAAUGCAGACACCUGAGCAAUGAGUCUAACUAGCAAAGACAUAAAGGGGCAGCUGAAGCAGACAAGGAGAACCAUUCUGUGCUGCAUCUCUUCAGUCCCUGUUUCUGCAAAUCGCUUGGUGGUGGCAGCCUUGAACUGUGUAGAAAGAUGCAUAAGUAAACCUUUAAACUUCUUCCAUUUGUGGAACUGUGCUUUCUGUUCAGACUGCUUUUCUCUAUGAAAUUUCCCAGUGCCCAGUAUUUUUUCCUCGUUUAGGUGCACAGCCCUUUGCCAGAGGGUUGUGCACCUGUACUUUUCUAGGACCUUCAGCCUUAAA